AUGGCACUGUCCGCACUAAUGCUGUGGUCCCUGCUCUUGGCCUGCUGGACCCUCCCUCCUGGCCUGGCUGAGGAGGAGUCCCUGAAUCUACUGGGAGGUGGAAACAGCUGCGAGGGCCUCCUACAGGUGGAGCACAGUGGGCAGCAGGGCCUGGUGUGUGGGGACACCUGGGGCCUAGAGGAGGCAUCAGUGACCUGCAGACAGCUCGGCUGUGGCCCCGCACGGUCAGCCACCAAGUACAUUCUGAAGUACCAGGAGACAGAACAGCUCUGGCUGCACAAUGUCCACUGCCAUGGUGGGGAAGCUUCCCUCUGGGAGUGCUCCCUGGGGUCAUGGGAGCUGCAGAGCAGCUGCAGGUGCAAGUGUGUGGUGUUCAUAACCUGCUCAGGUGGUACCACACAGCAAAUUGGGCUCAGUGGCGGUGGCAGCCCCUGUGCCGGGAUCCCUGAAGUGGUGAGCCCAACCAGCCCUGCCCUGAGGUGUGACUUGCACAGGGAGGAAGCAAACGUGUUCUGUAGACAACUGGGAUGUGGCACAGCCGUGCAAUGGUCCAAAGUCUACCAUGGAGCGGACGCUGGGGACAAGAAGACGGUGACUUGCCAGGGAACAGAGUCCAGCAUCUUCGACUGCAUGGUCAACCUGAACUACCUAGAGCAGUGUGUCCUUUCAACCUACACUGAGGUGGUGUGCACAGGACACACGGAGGCCCGGCUGGCCGACGGCGACCACCCCUGCGCCGGGAGCCUGGAGGUGAGGCGGGGCCUGACCUGGGAGCUGCAGGGCGCGGCGGCCGUGUCCACGCCCAGCGGCGCCCGCUUCGGCCGCGGCUCCGGGCCCGUGUGGAGCGAGGCCUUCCGCUGCGUGGGCAACGAGUCGCUGCUGUUCCACUGCCCGCGGGGUCGUGGGCACCAGUGCGGGCACAGCCGGGACGCUGGGCUCACGUGUGCGGGGGACAAGUUCCGGCUGGUCAAUGGCAGCAGCAGCUGUGAGGGCCGCGUGGAGCUCCUGGUGCAGGGGACCUGGGCUCCCCUCUGCGCUGCCCACUGGGACUUAGCAGAUGCCACCGUACUAUGCCACCAGCUCAACUGUGGCAAUGUGGUGGCCACACCCCAAGGAGGCCAUUUUGGGGAAGGGGACGCUCCCGUCUGGCCGGAGGUGUUUCAUUGUGUGGGGACAGAGUCCCAUUUGUUGAACUGCCCAGCGAACACUCUGGGGGCCCCAUCCUGUGCCCUGGGAAACGUGGCUGCCGCCGUCUGCUCAGGUCUCCCCCACGCGCUGCGGCUGAGGGACGGACAGAGCCGCUGUGACGGCCGUGUGGAGGUCUCCCUGGCCGGUGUGUGGGGCCGCGUCCUGGACGACGGCUGGGACCUGCGAGACGCCGGGGUGGUGUGCCGGCAGCUCGGGUGCGGACAGGCUGAGCGAGCCUACGAUGCGCCUGCCCCCGGCCGCGGGGCCGUCCCGGUGGGUCUGAGCCACGUGCGCUGUCUGGGCAUCGAGACCCAUCUGACCCAGUGCAACGUGUCCGCAUUCCCGCUGGUGCCCGCGGGGACUUCGUGGGACGCGGGUGUCGUGUGCUCUGGGAGCCGCGGGGUGCGGCUGGCCGCGGGGCCUGGCCGCUGUGCGGGGCGUGUGGAGCUGCUCCACGGGGGCGCGUGGGGCACCGUGUGUGACGACGCCUGGGACCUGCUGGACGCGCACGUGGUCUGCAGGCAGCUGGGCUGUGGCCGUGCGCUCAGUGCCCCGGGGGAUGCCCACUUCGGGGCCGGUGCAGGGCGCAUCUGGUUGGACGAGCUGGGCUGCCGGGGCAACGAGUCUGCGCUGUGGCAGUGCCCAUCCGGGGGCUGGGGCCGGCACGACUGCGGGCACAAGGAGGACGCCGGGGUCUUCUGCUCAGAGUUCACGGAUCUGAGGCUGCAGAACCACAGCCGGCCAUGCGCAGGGCGCCUGGAAGUUUUCUACAACGGGACGUGGGGAGGCGUCUGCCAGACUCUGAGCCCUGCCUCCCUGGGGAUCCUGUGUGGGCAGCUGGGCUGUGGUUCCCGGGGGCAGCUGCAGCCCAGGGCAGCGAGCCGGCCUCCCCCUGGGGCUCUCUGGUUGGCCUCCAUUCAGUGCAGGGAGAGGCAUGACAGGUCCCUGUGGCAGUGCCCGUCAGACCCCUGGAACCAGCAGUCCUGCUCCAGUGGGGAGGAAGCCUGGAUCGUGUGCGCAGAAAAGGCAGGAGAAGCUCCCGAGGCCCCCGGGCAGACCCUCAACUGCUCGUCCACGCUGAGCUGCCCAGGGGAGGGCGCGGUGCGCCUGCGCGGGGGCGCGGACGGCUGCUCCGGGCGCGUGGAGCUGUGGCACGCGGGCUCCUGGGGCACCGUGUGUGACGAUUCCUGGGACCUGGCGGAUGCGGAGGUCGUGUGCCGCCAACUGGGCUGUGGCCGGGCCGUGGGCGCCCUGGGGAAGGCCGCCUUUGGCCCCGGCUCAGGGCCCGUGUGGCUGGAUGAGGUGGGGUGCCGGGGCAGCGAGGCGUCCCUGUGGGGCUGCCCGGCCGAGCCGUGGGGACGCGGGGACUGCGCGCACAAGGAGGACGCGGGCGUGCGCUGUGCUGAGGGGGUGUCUAACUUCGUGGAUGGACAGUCUGCACCUGAAGAGGAAGGAGGCAGCGGAUCGCUUUCUCAGGGUUAUGAUGAGGCUGCGUUUCCGCCGGAGGAGAUGACACUGUAA